AUGGCUUUGUUGGCGAUCUCCAGCAAGACCAAUGCAAACGGUACAUGGAUAUCAAGCAAACUGACAUGCCACCAGCGGAGGCUGCGAAAAAGACAAGAGUUCCGAUGCCCGCCUAAAGAGCAGAUGUUCCGACUACUCAAGUGCAAAGUGGAGAAAGAAGAAAAAGAGGUGCUGCUUGAGGAUGAGGUAGAAGACUACUGUGCAAUAAUUGUCGAGAAAAUCGGGAACUCUGAUGAGCCGAAUGAGGAGGAACGUAUUCAAAGCCUUAUUGAGACCGAUGAGGGUUCAUGGGUAGACUCACUGGCUCGCUUGGUUGUCGCCGUACCUCCACCCGCCACCGGUCAACGAGAAAGAACUAGCAACGCGAAGAAGGGCACCCGUCUCGUUCAGCUCCAAGACGCUAUGGCACAAACGUACGUGCUGCAUGAGAGGAACAACGAAGAUGUGCAAGACUUCAUUAUCUAUCUGAUCCAGAUUAGAGAGUUGCUGACUGUUCAGUUCGAGCACACCGAAGAGGCGAAUUCUGAAACGCGGAAACUGAUGAAUAACCGGAUUUUCUUCCAACAUCCGGAUUUGAUGCGACUUCUGUCUGUACAUGAGAAUGUGAUGUCCAUAAUGAUGAACAUUCUGACCGCCCAACAGGGCGCUGUUGAGCAUGAGGGCGAAGAAGUCAAGGAGAAAACACCCAUCAAGGACUCUUCCGAGAUGGUAGUAGCGUGUUCGAGAUUCCUGUGCUACUUCUGUCGUACAUCACGCCAAAAUCAGAAGGCUAUGUUUGAACAUCUAUCAUUCCUCCUCGACAACGCCACAAUGCUACUAGCAAGGCCAAGUCUAAGAGGUUCGGUUCCUCUCGAUGUCGCUUACUCGUCAUUCAUGGAUAACAAUGAGCUGGCAUUGGCUCUGAAGGAGGAAGAGCUGGACAAGGUCAGCAGAAGUCAUAAACAUCAAAUGGCUGGGCGUUCAAAUGAAUAUUGUCGAUGGCGAUAUUGCCAGGAAGCAUAUAUCGAUUUUCUUCGCUUCUGUGUCUGGAUUAACGGCGAGAACGUUGAAGAAAACGCAAACCUCGUGAUUCGACUGCUUAUUCGUCGUCCAGAAUGUCUCGGUGUGGCUCUCAAAGGAGAGGGUCAGGGUCUUUUUGCAGCCUUCAAGGAAGCAAUAGCUCUGUCUGAAGAUAUUCGUGUCCUUGAGGAAGAAGGCGAUGCAGCUCCGAUGCUAAAAUGUGGACUCCUGGGAGAUUCACCGUCUUACCCAUCCAAAGAGGGCGAAGGUGAGGAUUAUCUUGAUCUGGGAGCGGCAACGCUAGACUUUUACUCAUCCUUGGUUGACUUGCUGGCUAAAUGUGCACCGGAUCGAAUGGCUAUACAGGCCGGCAAAGGUGACUCCCUUCGAGCUCGCGCUAUUCUUCGCUCACUGAUCUCAUUGGACGACCUUGGUCAGAUUCUAAGUCUAAGAUUCACUAUCCCCAAUCUUGCUAUGGCUGCGACUGAUGUUCGUCGUCGCUCAUUCGCCAAUUCACAUCAACACAAUGUGAACGUUACGCACUCGUUUGCGAAGCUCGCCACUGAAGUGAAGGCUAAUCGUAAUCGACUGCAGUCGAAACAGUAUGAACGGAAGCUAUCGCAGCUUCGCGAGGAGGACUUCGACUAUGCGAAUGACGACGAUGUCGAAUCGCACUCAGACUACGGUUCCGUAAAAAGUCAUCUGGACGACGACACAAAGGAGAAUAAACCUCCGACACCUAAAAAAGGGUCAACGUCUCCACCGAUCGUGAGGAGCGCCAGCAAGAAGAGAGGCCCUGAGUACAACGGCCCAUUGCCUGGUCUUCUGCCCAAUCACAAAGGAUCCGUACUGCUGUUCCUUGAUCGAGUGUACGGUAUUGAUUCGCAGGACAUGCUUUUCCACUUCCUUGAGCAAAGCUUCCUACCAGAUCUCCGAGCUGCUACAAUGAUGGAUUCGCUGAUGACACUGCACUAUGAACGCUGCAACAAAUAUUAUGGUAGCGGCAAUCAGUAUGGUGUGGCGACCGAAGUUGAGAAGCGACUUUCGAUGCUUCUGUUCUACGCAAUCUUCGACUCUCUCGGAAGCCGACCGUACGAUCCAGAUCUGUUUGGAAAGGCCUUGCCAUGCCUGACAGCAAUCGGAUCAGCUAUCUCUCCGGAUUAUACCCUUACUAGCGGUGGUGAUGAUACCACAAAGCUUAAGGAAAUUGUGGACGAUAGUGGUUGGGUGCCGAAGACUGUCGACGUCUCACGAAUCGAUCUACCAAGGGAUUUGCAGUCGAUGACUGAAGCAUUCGCUGAACAUUUCCAUGACUCAUGGGCUAGUCGAAAGAUAGAAAAAGGAUGGGUUUAUGGUGACCUGUACUCACGAAAAAUCUUUCUACAAAGACCGAUGUGCGGAGUGUUUGAAAGCGCUUCUGGCUUGGAAUUACACAUUCGAGCUGACCGAUCGGGAUGCUGCCGAUCGGGCGGCCAGCGCUCGUACGCCUUCCGGCACCAGCAUCCAAAACUUUGCUCCAAAACCAUGGACCUUUCUAGCAUGACUCUUGAAAAGGAUAUGGUGUCAGCUGGUGAAAAAAUGGCGGAGCACUCCCAUCUGAUCUGGGCGAAAAAGGUAUGGAAUGACCUGAAUACAAAGGGCGGAUUCCUCCCCACCAUCUUGGUGCCGUGGGAUUUGCUGACGGACUUUGAGAGACGUAAGGAUCGUUUCCGAGCUACUGAGAUCCUGAAGUUUGUACAGUAUCAUGGAUAUCACGUUGAAAGCCCGAAAACAGAGCAGAGUCUGGACAGAGCGAAAAGCGAGGGUGAGCGAUCAUCAGUCGAAAAGAGGUUUGCCUACAAUCUCCUCGAGAAACUUAUCAAUAUUUGGAACAAGCAACAGGAACUUACCAGGAGAAAUACAUUCAGAACAGAGGGACAGGAUGUGAAAUUCUUCGAAAAGGUCGUCCUUCCACUGAUGCAUGCGUACUUCAAUGCACACAAGAACUACUUCCUUGAAGGCUCCACCAUAACGAACUCGGACAUCAUCCGUACAUCUCUACUGACAUUCUUCAACAAUUGUGCUGACGAUCUGUUUGCGGCUGUGAAAGAGCUAAAG